AGAAAUUGGGCUAUCUUUUUAAAUAUUACGAAACAGCCCACUUUUAAAACAAAUAGGCCCAUUACAUAACCCACAAUCAAUUCGCCGUUUAAACCCCGGCGACCGUAACCACCAAAUAUACCCCUGAAACCCCCCAUACACGCGCGCGUGUACACACACUGACAGUGUUGUACGCGAAAAUGGCGCCGAAGAAGAAACAGCAAAAACCGUCGUCGUCGUCGAAAGGGAAACCCGCGCCAUCCACCGGUCCCAAGCUCCAAUUAUCGGCGGAUAACGAAAACCGCCUCCGCCGUCUUCUUCUCAACUCCGGACGAUCGGCUCCUUCCACGGCGCCGCCGGAAGACACUCUCUCCAAGGAGCAGAAGGCCAAGAGGCUGCGAUCAGUUUACGAGAAGCUGUCUUGCGAUGGUUUUAAGGAUGAUCAAAUUGAACUUGUGCUCUCCACUCUCAAGGAGAAUUCAACUUAUGAGGCUGCUUUAGACUGGCUAUGCUUAAAUAUUUCGGGGAAUGAGCUCCCACUGAAGUUCUCCACAGGCAGUUAUUCACAUACAAGUGGAGGUUCUGUUGGUGUAGUAUCAACAGCUCGUGAAGAUUGGAUUUCAUCAAGGGAGUCACCAGCAAGAAUAGUUGAGGAAAAGGCAGAAGUUGCUCUAAAAAUUAAAGAGCGGAAAAAUGAUGAAACACUAGACUCUGUUCAGCAUUCUCAAGCAGAUUGGAUCCGUCAAUAUAUGGAACAACAGGAAGAGGAGGAUGACUCUGAUUCUUGGGAAAGUUAUUCACCAAACAAUGGUUUUUCAAAGAAGGCCUUGCAACCAAGGAGCGACUAUGAGUCUAUUGUUGCGGAUUACCAUGCUGCCAGGCUGCAAGCUGCAAAUGCGAAAGAUAGACGCGAUAAGAAAAGCCAGGAAGAAGCAGGUCUAAUCAUUCGGAAACUCAAGCAGGAGAUAUCAGCCUUAGGACUACCGGUUGAUAUUCUGGAAUCUGGAUAUGCAAGUUCGUUGCAUCGUGCAUCCACAGAUGCAGCUUCUGAUGCUGUCCCUACAGACAAUUCAGAUGGUGAUAAUGUUAAUGUAUGUGAAAUAGAAGGUGAGACAGGCCAUACGGAGUUUGUGGUUGAAGUUGAUCAAGAGAGAGUUGACAGCUCCCGCUUACAUGAAUGCUCAACUGAUAGUGCUUCUAUGAGUGUUCCCGCUCAAAAUGAAGAUGCUUCGGAAAGGGAAUCGGGUGAUGUAGAGCUUGGUGAUUUUUUCUUGGAAGAAGACACAUCUGGUUCUGUGUUACCUUCUGAAGUAUUGGAACUACAGAAGAGAGAGAAAAUGAAAGAACUUUGUAGUGAGAAGAACUUGGAAAAAAUGGAAGGCAUCUGGAAGAAGGGAGAUCCAAAAAAGAUUCCAAAGGCUGUUCUUCACCAACUUUGCCAAAGAUCCGGAUGGGAAGCACCAAAAUAUGAUAAAGUUCCUAGUAAAGGACAUAAUUCUGGUUACUCUAUCAGUGUACUGCAGAAAGCUAGUGGGAGAGGAAAAAGUAGAAAAGCUGGAGGUUUGAGAACUAUUCAGCUUCCGAUUCAGGAUGAAAGUUUUAAUACACCCGAGGAUGCACAAAACAGAGUUGCAGCUUAUGCACUCCAUUGUCUCUUUCCAGAUCUACCUGUUCAGUUAGUACUCUCGGAGCCAUAUGCUUCAAUUGUACUGAAAUGGAAGGAAGGUGAAUUGAUGACAUCUGUAAGAGACAAUCAUGAAGAUAGAAAGGCUGGCUUUGUGGACUCACUGUUGAAUGCUGACAAGGCUGAACGUAUUGUUGGGGAUGAUGUCAUUGAUAGUGCUGAUCAGGAGAACAUUCAAGUAGUUUCUGAAGAUAUUACUGGUGGCAUGGAUCACAUGUCUGAACGGGUUUGCAGAAACAUGGAUGCUGAAAGCAUUUAUCUUAAAAGAGAACAAGCCCGUAAGAAGGAAAUAAAGAAGUACAAGGAGAUGUUACAGUCAAGAUCGCACCUCCCUAUUGCGGAGUUGAAAGAUGACAUUCUGCAUCUUCUUGAGGAAAAUAGCGUAGUAGUUAUUUGUGGAGAGACAGGCUGUGGAAAGACAACUCAGGUCCCACAGUACAUAUUAGAUAACAUGAUUGAAGCAGAACGCGGUGGUUACUGCAAUAUAGUUUGCACUCAGCCAAGGAGAAUUGCGGCCAUUUCUGUUGCUGAAAGAGUUGCUGACGAGCGUUGUGAAUCCUCUCCAGGAUCAAAGGAUUCUUUGGUUGGUUAUCAAGUCCGUCUAGAUAGUGCAAGGAAUGAAAGAACGAAGCUUCUUUUUUGUACGACUGGAAUUCUUCUGAGGAUGUUAUCGGGAAAUAAAGACUUGGCUGAUAUUAGUCAUGUUAUAGUUGAUGAAGUGCAUGAACGGUCUCUUCUGGGGGAUUUUCUGCUCAUUGUCCUAAAAAACCUGAUUGAGAAGCAAAGUGCUCGCGGCAAAUCAAAGUUGAAAGUUAUUCUUAUGUCUGCAACUGUUGAUUCGCACAUGUUUUCACAGUACUUUGGUAAUUGCCCUGUGGUUACUGCCCAAGGGCGAACACAUCCCGUGUCAACCCAGUUCCUUGAGACUAUACACGAGAAGUUGAACUACCGCCUUUCAACAGAUUCCCCUGCCUCUAUAAACUAUGGAAUAUCCGGUAUGGAGAAGAAUGCACCUGUUGGCAAUAGGAGAGGGAAGAAAAAUCUUAUCUUAUCUGGCUGGGGUGAUGAGUCGUUACUUUCUGAAGAAAUUGUUAACCCAUAUUAUGAUAGAAGCGAUUAUCCAGAUUACAGUGAGCAAACUCGCCAAAAUUUGAGAAGAUUGAAUGAAGAUGUUAUUGAUUAUGAUCUUCUUGAGGACCUGGUACGCCACGUCGAUGAAACUUAUGCUGAGGGGGCAAUACUAGUCUUUUUACCAGGAGUUGCAGAAAUAAAUCUGCUACUAGAUAAACUUGCUGCUUCUCACCGAUUUGGGGGCCCUGCUGCAUCUGAGUGGCUUCUUCCAUUACAUUCAUCUAUAGCACCCGAUGAUCAAAAGAAGGUGUUUCAGAAACCUCCCGAUAAUAUACGUAAGGUUAUAGUCGCCACAAAUAUUGCAGAAACAAGUAUAACAAUAGACGACGUUGUAUAUGUGGUAGACUGUGGAAAGCAUAAGGAGAAUCGUUAUAAUCCACACAAGAAACUGUCAAGCAUGGUUGAGGACUGGAUAUCUCAAGCAAAUGCUAGGCAAAGACGAGGAAGAGCUGGGCGUGUAAAGCCAGGCAUUUGCUUUUGUUUGUAUACACGUCACAGAUAUGAAAAACUAAUGCGACCAUACCAGAUUCCCGAGAUUAUGCGAAUGCCACUGGUAGAGUUAUGUCUGCAAGUAAAAUUACUUUCUUUGGGUGGCAUAAAGCAAUUUUUAUCUCAGGCACUGGAACCUCCAAGAGAAGAGGCUAUUGCAUCAGCAGUUUCUUCGCUCUACGAGGUCGGUGCCAUUGAAGGAAAUGAAGAGUUGACACCCCUUGGUUAUCAUCUGGCAAAGCUCCCAGUUGAUAUACUGAUAGGAAAGAUGAUGUUAUAUGGUGGGAUAUUUGGUUGUCUGUCGCCCAUUCUUACUAUUUCAGCAUUUUUAAGCUACAAAUCACCAUUUGUGUAUCCAAAAGACGAGAGGGAUAAUGUUGAAAGAGCAAAAUUAGCUUUGUUGGCUGAUAAGACUGGUGAUGGAACCGUAGUACCUGAUGUUGUUAGCCGGCAGUCGGAUCAUCUAAUAAUGAUGAUUGCAUAUAAAAAAUGGGAUAAAAUUUUAAGCGUGGAAGGAGUUAAAGCAGCACAAAGGUUUUGCAGUACCCAUUUCUUAAGUAGCUCUGUUAUGUACAUGAUAAGGGACAUGAGAAUACAAUUUGGUACACUGCUUGCUGACAUUGGGCUGAUAAAUAUUCCCAAGGUUGGCUGGAAAAGAAAAGAAAAGCUUGAUAAUUGGCUUUCAGAUUUGUCGCAGCCAUUUAAUAAGUACUCUAGUCAUUCAGUAGUUGUGAAGGCAAUACUAUGUGCGGGUCUCUAUCCUAAUGUUGCCACCAUUGAAGGAGGCAGUACCGGAGCUCGUCCUGUAUGGAAUGAUGGAAAAAGAGAAGUUCACAUACACCCUUCUUCAGUUAACAGUAGCCAGAAAACGUUUCAAUAUCCGUUUCUGGUUUUUCUUGAAAAGGUUGAGACAACUAAAGUGUAUUUGCGAGACACAACUAUUGUUUCCCCCUACUCUAUUUUGUUAUUUGGUGGAUCAAUAAAUGUUCAGCAUCAGACCGGAUUAAUCAUGGUAGAUAAUUGGCUGAAAAUGGCAGCACCAGCACAAACUGCUGUCCUCUUUAAAGAACUUCGAUUUACUCUUCAUUCUAUUCUGAAGGAACUCAUUAGCAAGCCACAGAACUCUACUGUAGUAGAUAAUGAAGUUAUCAGAUCUAUCAUUCACUUGUUUCUUGAAGAAGAUAAACCGAACAAGUGACUUGUUCAGAUCUCCAUCGAGUGCGAAUUCAAAGAAAAGUUUAACAAUAUAGGUCUGUACUUGUCGAUUUUACUAAUGAUUUGUUCCUUAGGAAGAGGGUUCUAUACGUACCGAUUUUGAUUAGCCCUUAAAUUUUGCUAAUGUUAAAAGAGUUAUCGAUAUUUUGAUUGUUUCAGGUCCUGGAAACUCUUUUGAAAAAUUAUCGACAGAGACUUUUGAGCUUCGAAAUUUACUUCAAACUGAACAAAUACAAUUUACUAUGCUGGGAAUAUUGGCAGUGAAGUUACAUGAUAGCUUGAGUUUUAACUUUGAAGAUGUCAUACGUAUUGGGUUCCUUAUUUUUAAAUAUAAUACUUAUUGUUUGGUAUUUUGGUAUUUUGCACUCGAGAAAAAAUUAAUAGGAUUUUGCACCAUCGAAACACAAUAAAUUAUUUAGAAUGUACCAUAAAUGAGUUUUUAAAACUUAAUGAGGGCAAUUUUAUU